AUGGGCCACAUUGACAACAGUAGAACUAACCGUUUGCCAACAACGAUCAAGGUCAACUUCGGCUUGGGAUCCGGGAUAUUGAAUCGUGUCCAGACUUGGUCUAUCGCAUCUUGGAGCCAACCGGUGAGAAACGCACGAGGCAAACUCUUGCAGAAACACACCUUUGAUGGCCUUGAUCUCGAACGCCUUGACAUUCUCAAACUCGCCCUCGGAGACGCCGUCGCGGUAAAAGUAGAUGCGCGCAGGCGACCUUCUGUUCCGCUGCCCGAACAUGGACAGCGCACCGGCGACCAUCUCCUGGAGGGAUUCGGGCUCGAUGAUCUCGAGGCGGGGCGCCUGGACCCGGGACGUUGCACAAUAUCGCGUGCCAAGCUCGUCGAACGACCAGACGACACUGGCGACGGAAACGCUCGACGAGCCCGGGCUGGGGUGGUUGACGUCGGCGCCGAAUAUCAUGACAGGGACGCUGCAUGCUUUCUGCAGUGCGGACGAGUUGGUCCAUGGAGUGCAACUUCCUCCUUACUUGAGAGCGAUAUUGUUGAAGUAUUGGUUGUUUCCGCGACGCAGCUUCUCCUCGUUGAGACAUUGAGUGCGGACGCCUAUAACAUAUCAGAACGAGUUGCCCUUUACGCUACGAAUCAGACUUGCCCAGUUCUAUGUCAGCGGUAUUUGACGGCCACUCGUGGAUCAUCUGCUUUGGCUGGGAGCAGCACGAUAAUGAUCUCCACUUUCGCGGCCCCGCCUAGGUCUCGACAGAUGUUUUCCAUCGCCUGCAGGGUCGCUCAGUAUCCUGCAAUGAACGAGACGCCAUCUGCACCUCUUUUGCUUGCAUCGGAUUGA